GACGUCAGAUGGCUGAAUUUCCUCUCGACCCUCCUCAAUGUCAGAUGCUGAUCGUGUCCUCACAGAUGGGUUGUACCGCCGAAAUUUUGAUUGUAGUCUCCAUGUUGUCCGUCCCGUCGAUUUUUUAUCGGCCAAAAGGCAGAGAAGAGGAAGCCGACGGCGUCAGAGAAAAGUUUCAGGUUCCCGAAAGCGAUCACUUGACGUUUCUCAACGUCUACAACCAGUGGAAGCAAAACAACUAUUCUUCUCAUUGGUGCAACGAUCACUUCAUACACAUCAAAGCUAUGCGGAAGGUUCGAGAGGUGCGCCAACAGUUGAAGGAUAUUGUGAUUCAGCAGAAACUGGAAAUUAAAUCUUGCGGUUCCGAUUGGGAUGUCGUGAGAAAAUGUAUUUGUUCAGCUUAUUUUCAUCAAGCUGCAAGACUCAAAGGUAUUGGUGAAUACGUAAACUGCCGAACCGGAAUGCCCUGCCACUUGCACCCCACCUCAGCUCUCUUCGGUCUUGGAAGCACCCCCGAUUACGUGGUGUAUCACGAACUCGUCAUGACAGCUCGCGAAUACAUGCAGUGCGUAACUUCGGUGGACGGACAUUGGCUGGCUGAACUGGGGCCGAUGUUCUUCUCUGUGAAGGAAACGGGUAAGUCUGGAAGGGCUAAGAAGAAACAAGCUGCAGAGCAUCUACUGGAGAUGGAGAAUCAGAUGCAGUUGGCCCAGGAGGAGAUGAAAGCUCGAAAGGAGGCUGCCGAAAAGAAAGAAGCUGCUCUUCACAAGGGGCAGGAAAUUGUUAGCGCGGGGGCUACUCCAAGAAGGACGCCUGCAAGAUUCGGGCUGUAGAAGUCUGUUGUUGGAAGGAUAUUGUACAUAAUAUUUUUUUAAUUAAAUUAUACGAUUUUUCA